AUGCCUCAUGCAAAUACCUCUACCCCGCGUCGCGUCGCAAGCGCCCCGACCGUCCACAUCCUCCUCUACCUCAUCGCCUUCCGACUUGCCAAUGCGCUCGCCGUUCGCACAUUCUUCCAGCCAGAUGAAUUCUUCCAGUCGCUGGAGCCAGCAUGGCAGAUUGCUUUUGGAACAAAUCAGGGUGGUAAAGAGCAAGGCGCUUGGUUGACAUGGGAAUGGGAACACCGACUCCGAUCCUCUCUCCAUCCUCUCCUGUUUGCCGCAAUUUACAAAGCGACCGAUUCGAUUGCCUCCGUUCUUUGCAUACCUUCUACGCGCGCCGAACUUCUCAUCGCCGCCCCAAAAUUUGCCCAGGCCGUUUUGUCGGCUUUGGGUGAUUUUUACACCUGGAGACUCGCUAGUCGCAUCUACGGCGAAGAUUCUCGAGGCGCAUGGGCAGCUCUAAUCGCUACGAUUCUCAAUCCUUGGCAAUGGUUCUGCUCGACGAGAACUUUGUCCAAUUGCCUGGAGACAACUCUUACCAUUGUCGCGUUGGAUCAGUGGCCAUGGCAAUGGUUAGCUGGUCUUCCAGCCGGAGAUAACCGCAAAUAUGCUGGGGAGAGGGUCAAGGCUCAGGAUCGCCAAGUGCUACUAAACCUUCGCCAAUGCCUGUCGUUGGCAGCAGUCGCCUGUAUUCUCCGACCAACUAACAUCAUAAUUUGGAUGACCUUGGCAGGACUUGCUUGGCUUCGGAUCUCCUCGGUCCAGCGUACAAUUCUCGUUCGGGAGAUCCUACUUUGCGGCUCUGCAAUUUUAGGUGCAUCAGCAGUGGCAGACCGUCUCUUCUAUGGGAUCUGGACAUUUCCUCCCCUCCGUUUUCUAUACUUUAAUAUUGCGCAGUCACUAGCAGUGUUCUAUGGGCGUAACAAUUGGCACUAUUAUAUGACGGAGGGUUACCCACUCCUGCUCACCACUCUGCUUCCUUUUGCUGUUCCGGGUCUAUAUCUUACAUUGACCACGCGGUUCUCAGCCUCCUCGGCUUCUGAGAGAAUACGGGCAGUGACUCGACUACACUUGGCAACAAUAUGUAUCCUGAUGCCAUUCAUCCUCUCCCUCAUCUCGCAUAAAGAAGUCCGCUUCAUUUAUCCUUUGCUCCCAUCCCUUCAUAUCUUGGCUGCACCCCGUCUAGUGCAAUUCUUUUGGCCUGCUCUUACUUUCAGCUCCCAGACUCCUAGGAGGCUCGCACUCAUCUUCCUUAUCCUCGUCAAUGGGGUAAUCGCCAUAUAUACGUCUGUAUACCAUGCCUCGGGGCCAUUAAAGGUGCUUGGCUACCUCCGCGGCCAAUACGAAGCGCAUUCCGAACCAGAUCUGAACGUAUUCGGCCACGAUACAACUAUUACCGCUGGAUUCCUGAUGCCCUGCCACAGCACCCCGUGGCGGUCUCAUAUGGUCCAUCCUAUCAAUGCAUGGGCCCUGUCCUGCGAACCUCCAGUCGAUCUCAGUGACACACAGAAAGCAAUCUACCGCGACGAGGCCGACCAGUUCUACGACGAUCCAGCCCACUUCCUGCAAAAGAACAUGGCUGGUGGGCUACGCUAUCUACCUCGCCAACCAAGCUACAUAAGUGGAUUUCAACCCAGAAGUCCAGGUCUUCACCAGUGGCCCGAUUAUCUCAUAUUCUUCGCCCAGCUGGAACCCACCAUGCACAGCCUUGUCCGGGGCUCUUAUGCCGAGUGCUGGCGUACCUGGAGCACAUCCUGGCACGAUGACUGGCGUCGUCGUGGUGAUAUUGUUGUCUGGUGCUUGGAUCCCGCUGAGCAGGAUGCGUGGCGUUCGCAGAAAGAGGCAAGUCAUGAACAAAGUCAUUGGCUUGCAUCCGUUCCAGGAUCUCUUCCAUCGUUUUCAUCUUUGCGGACCUUUUUUGAGUCGCACUUCUCUUCAACUCGCUGGCCAUGGAGCAAACGCUCCCGCUUAGAAACUUUGUUGUCAAAUUUCCGACAGAGUCCCAGUUGGCACGAUUGGAUUCCACAUCGACCGGAGUGGCUAGGCGGUCCAUCCAAGAGGACAGUCGAUAAGCGGGAGCAUGGGCUAUGGGAAUGA